AUGAAGUAUAUCAUUGUUUCUGGUGGUGUGAUUUCUGGUAUUGGAAAAGGUGUAAUUGCCUCUUCUACUGGUCUUUUACUCCACACUCGAGGCAUGCGAGUAACGUCUAUCAAGAUUGAUCCGUACCUUAACAUCGAUGCUGGAACUAUGACUCCUCUUGAUCACGGAGAAGUAUUUGUUCUUGACGAUGGUGGUGAGGUCGAUCUCGACCUUGGAAAUUAUGAGCGAUUCUUAGAUAUCUGUUUGACUCGUGAUAACAACAUCACCACUGGCAAGAUUUAUCAGAGUGUGAUCGAAAAAGAGCGCAAAGGAGAUUAUCUUGGAAAAACUGUCCAGGUUGUGCCUCAUGUUACAGACGCCAUUCAAGACUGGAUUGAGCGUGUUGCCAAGGUUCCAGUAGAUGGAUCUGGUCUUGAGCCAGAUGUAUGCAUCAUUGAAUUAGGUGGAACUGUAGGUGAUAUUGAGUCUGCUCCAUUUAUUGAAGCCAUGCGCCAGUUUCAAUUCCGCGUAGGCCAUGACAACUUUGCUCUUAUUCAUGUAUCUCUUGUUCCUAUUGUUGGAUCUGUGGGAGAGCAAAAGACCAAGCCUACCCAGGCCAGUGUUCGUGAUCUUCGAGGUCUUGGACUUUCUCCAGACUUGAUUGCUUGUCGCUGCACUACUCCAAUUGAGCCUGAUGUCAAGAAAAAGCUUUCAAUGUUUUGUCAUGUUCCACCAGAGCAUGUCAUGGCGGUUCAUGAUUGCAAGUCUGUUUUCCACGUCCCCCUACUUUUAAAUGAUCAAGGGUUGGUUGAGAUGCUUGAAAAGCGACUCAAUAUGCAGCCUAGGCCUAGCCCUGAAGCAGCAUCUUUAUUCAACAAGUGGCAGCAGUUAUGCACCCGAAUCGAUCGCUUGCAUGAUACUGUGCGUAUUGUUCUUGUUGGAAAAUACACGUCUUUGCAUGACUCGUAUAUAUCUGUGGUGAAGUCACUGGAGCAUGCAGCCAUGGCGUGCAAUCUCAAACUAAUUCUUGACUGGGUAGAAGCAGAGGAGCUCGAGUCUACCUUUUUAGCCAAAGAUCCACUCAAGUACCAUGAGGCAUGGAAAUACGUUGUGAGUGCCAAUGGUAUUCUUGUUCCAGGAGGAUUUGGUGAGCGAGGUACUGAAGGCAAAAUCGCGGCCAUCAAAUGGGCUCGUGAAAACAAAAUCCCAUACUUGGGUAUUUGCCUGGGUAUGCAGCUUGCAGUGAUUGAGUAUGCUCGUAAUGUUCUUGGUCUUGCCAAAGCCAAUUCUACCGAGAUGGACAAGGAGACUCCACACCCAGUUGUUGUGUUUAUGCCUGAAAUAUCCAAGACACAUAUGGGUGGUACAAUGCGCUUAGGAUCUCGUGCAACGCUUUUUGCCGCAACAACCAAAAAUUCUAUUGUUCGCCGGAUGUAUGGCGGAGUUGAUAUGGUGCACGAGCGUCACCGCCACCGAUAUGAAGUGAAUCCAGAGUACAUUGCUCGCCUUGAAGAAGGAGGACUCAGAUUUGUUGGACGUGAUGAAAAAGGAGAACGAAUGAUCAUCACAGAGCUUCCAGAUCACCCAUAUUUUGUUGGAACACAGUAUCAUCCAGAAUAUCUCACUCGUCCAUUGAAACCUACACCAGUAUUCCUUGGAUUUAUUCUUGCGGCAGGAGGACUUUUAGAAGAACACUUGAAGUCACUUGAAGAACACACAGCACCUGCACUCGGACGAUAUCCAAGUAUUGGAGAUUCGAUGAAUUUUGCUACAAGUGUUGUUGCUGAAGUCAAGAAAGUCAAGGGACCAUCACCACUUGGCAAUACUGAGAUACAAAAGAAUUAA